AUGGAAUGUGUUUUUGUAGUCGAAGGCGCUGCCAUUUUCAUCAUCUUCAAUGCUUGCGCGACGUUCUGCCUUGUCGCACUUGCAUUGGCCGAAAUGGCAUAUCCUAUGGCUACGACUGCUACUGUGAUAUUCGAAUCCAGUUGGACUGCAGCAAUGAGCAUCUUGCAGAUCGCCGCUGCUGUCGACGCCACGGUGAAUGGACCUCCUACGAUGUGCCAGACAGGAGUUCCCUGGAAAGUUUGCGCGUCCUCGACAGUGCUCGUUCCUAUAAGCUGGCUCUCCAGUGUUUUCGCCAUUGGGUAUUGCCUAGCCCUUCUGGGCACCGCAGUGCACCAUCUGGAUGACUAUCCCAAUCUCCUAGUCUGCUCUGUCUACUCGAUCCCCUGGUUCUCAGAGCGCACAUCUCCAGCAGCCCCAGUUCUCCCACCGGUUCCUCUCACCGCAAAGUCCUUCUGCGAUUCGAUCUUGCGUUCAACUUCGAGAAGAGGAGACCUGACGUUCCCCACCGAUGUCGAAGCUCAAGCGAACCAUCUUCCCUCAUCCCAUCGAAACGGCCAAUACGAGCCCAGCUUCGAUGAACCAGAUUCCAUUUGGGGUGGAGAAGCGGAGAAACAUCUUCCGCAGGUCCGACGUCCUCCCACUCCUAGAUCUACGUCCUCGACUCGCGAUGGUGGCAAUCUCCCGUGGUGGCAACGUCAAUCUGUCUUCCAUCCCAGACCAGGCAAGGACGCGCCGUUCACACUGAAACCGAAGCCGAAGCAGGACUCGAAGAAGGCCCCUACUCCUGCCCCUGCUCCUGCUCCUGUAACUUAUCCCACUCCUAUCGCGAACGCGCAUCAGUCAGGCUGGUGGUCGAAGAGGAUCUUGCCUGGCGAAGACCGGGACACGCGUUUCACCUCGUCGUAUUAUUUGAAUCCUGAUGAACCGAUUCCGCAUGGGGCGCGCGAGCAGUGGAAGACGGCGGAUCACGAUGUUUGGCAUGCUUCGCCUUCGGAUCCUUAUUAUAAUCCUCUUGAUGGGUAUUAUGAGGUCGAACGUAGGGAUCGACGUGUCGCUGAGCGACGCGUUUGAUUUUCUUCUUCUGCUGCAUUUGGGACUUUGGACCUUGGACCUU